UUUUCUUUUUUUUUUCCUUUUUGGUUGUUUUCUCUCUCUCGUUUCUAACAGAGUGAAAAUUCGCAGAACCAUAAAACGCAGGGAUGGAAAACGACCUAUUACCUCAUCCAGCCCAGCCCCUCUGCCAGCGCCGGGCCGUUCCCUGCGAGCGUCCCGGGUGACUUGUCUAGACCAGGCACGAACCACUCCAGCGAUGGCGAUUCCAGCACUUCCUCGGGAAGAUUAUUCCAUGGUCCAACUGACAUUGCUGUUAGGAAAUUUUUCCUGAUGCCUCACCUCGAAUGUUUCUGUGCUGAGUUUGAGCCUAUUGCUCAGUUACCCGUCCUCGCUCUGCCCUGAACACCCCUCACUUCACCGUGUGUGGCCAUGCCUCUCACCUGCAGGCAGGAUUUGCAUCCUACGAGCCUCCCGCAGGGCCAGGCUCAUCCCUGAAGCGUUUUGUUGUUUCCUCUGCACUGCAUCAAGCAUCCGUGAUCUUCCUGAGGCAUGGCCCCACAGCCAUGACCCACGCGGAGGGGACGGGACGAGCUGGUGGGUGACCCGAGACCAGUUUGGAGCCGCGAGCAGGGACGCGACUGGAGAUCUUGGGGUGAUGCUGGCGCACCCAGCCUCUGGCUGCUCUGCCUUUGCUCCUGCCCAAACCAAAGAGAAAAGCCACGAUGCUCUCGGCCAGGUCCCUUACGGGGACACGAGCUGUCCCCGUGAGCCCCAUUGCCUGCAGCAUCCCCUCCCACCGCAGGGGUGGUUGUGGCAGCGCUGGCCAGAAGAGGGUGAGCAGAGGGAAGACGGGUCCGAGAGCUCCCUGCUUGCCAGAGGUGGGGAGGGUCGUCACGGGAAUCUGGGGGAGGAGGUUUUUCGUGCAGUUGCAUUUGGUUCCCGAACAAGCUUUGAUGUCAAUGAUUUGCAGACUUGUUCUAGCUGGAGUUCCUCGCUCUCCAGGGACUGUUCGCUUUGCGUCGGGGGAGGGUGGGGGGUGUUCUUCCUGUGCGUGUACCCCUUUGAACCGCUAUUAUGAGCCCCGACCCCCCCAUACCCUCCCCCCCCGAGUCCCUGCUGCUCCCAGGCAUGCAUUGCAGAUUGGAAAACAAGCCAAACCACCCCGCAUUUGCGAGAGCUCCUGAGGGGUUUCCAGGCGGAUUACAGCAGAUGCUGCGGCGCGAGCACGCCCGCUCCUCCUCUGCGUCUCCAUCGUGGCCCCUGCUGGCAGCCCCAGCCCCAGCCGUCCUCCCGAGGGGCACGGCACAGGCUGGAUUCACUGAGGGCUACUAGCCUUCACCCUGCCGGCCCCCUCCACUGCAAAUUCCUGCCUAAGAAAGCCUCUCCCAGAGGAUCCUGAGCCGCUUUGCGAAGGCGGAGAAGGAUUUGGGCUCACCUUGUCCUGCUCCUGGUGGCUCAGAGCCUCCAGCUUCACCCCAUCGAUACCCAUCGGCCACUUGUGAGCCUCCAGCAGGGCCUGGCUCAGGCUCUCGUGGAGCAGCAGGGAUGCCCACGCAUCGGGUGGCACCACCGAGCCUCUGUUUCCUCCAGCCUCUCCCAGAGGAAGGACGGGGAAAGACCCCGGUGUGGAGGCAGGCAGGGAGGCGCAGGGAAUCCACCUCCCGCACCCUCCGCAGGGCGCACGGCGGCAGGGCAAAGCGCUGGGGAAGGGCAGGCAGGGGCUAUGUGUCUUUGGGGCCGCAUGGGUGCGCACGGACAAGCGCUCUGGGGACAGAGGGGCCCCACGCCUCACCCCAUCCCGGCCCCCGUCUCCCCUUCACCCCUCUGCCAGGGCUGCUGGCAGCGUGCAGAGGAGAGCGGGGCUGCGUGGGGUGAUGGCAUGGGGCGAUGGCGUGGCUCGGUCUCUCCCGCCCCAGCUGUCAGCAGCCGGGGUUUCCCUCCGCCCAGCCCUCCCCGCCCUCCAUCCCACAGCACCGCGCUCCCACUCGCAGCCGGCGGAGCUGCGCGGCCCCAGCCAUGGCAGCCGGCAGGUCCCGCUGGCGCAGCUACCUGGGGGUGAUUGUGUCCCGCCAGAGGCAGCGGGUGCAGCACUUCCAGCAGGCGGAGGACAUCCUGCUGACCCUCCUGGAGCACGUCCACGGCGCGGAGCCCCGCUUCCUCGUGGACUACUGCAGGAACCUGGAAGCUUUCGAGUUCACGCUCUGCGCCUCCGAGGACGCUGUCACGGUGGAGGUGCCCCUGCGCCUCGACGGCGAUGCGCUGCGGGUACGGCCGUGCCAGCCCGGGGAUCUGGGCACUUGCCACCUGGAAGUGCCCUCUGUGGUGACCGGUGUGGAGGACUGGACCAGCGCGGGUGAGAUGGAGCGGGGAGGUGGCACAGUGCGGCACCUGGCACCGGGCAAAGUCCUCCAGCACCUGAAAGAGCUCCUUGUUUCGGCCAUCGUGCACUGUCAGCGCCGCUUCCUUUUCCAGCCAGGUGACCUCAGCGCCGAAAACCUGAAGGAAGAUGCCAUGGAGCUGUCCCUGUUGGUCCGCGGUGGCUGGAAGACCGUCCGCUUCGACAUCGUCCCCGUGGUGAAGAGGCAGCAGGAGCCACUCAGGCUGGAGGGGCGGCAGCGUGACAGGGGCUUCCCCGAGGGCAGCCUCCAGAAGGCCACGGCGGAGGCUCACUUCAUCCCAGCCUCUCCCCACUGCUGGAGAUCCUCGGCUCACCUCCCCGUCCUGAAGCUGCUCUGGGCAGUGGACACCUUGCAGGGGCCCCGGCUGGACAGCCUGCGCCUGCUGGAGCAGCUCAGCAGCCAGGACUGGAGGGAGGAGGAUGGGAGAGCCGGGCUCUCCUUCGACCACCUGAAGAUGGUGCUGCUGUGGAGCACGGAGCUGUUUCCCUCGCCGGAGGACUGGCAGGACCUGGAGGGCUCUGUCUACAGGCUGCUGGUGGUCCUCCUGCGCUGCCUGGCCACCCGGCGCCUACCCCACUUCCUGCGCCCGGAGGAGAACCUCUUCCACGGGGAGCCCCUGGACCUCGCCUCGCUCUACCCAAAGGUGGAGGCCUUCGCCCAGGACCCCCCGCGCUUCCUUCGCUUCCACUUUGGCCUCCCCGCGAGCUCCAAGGGCUUGCAGGCAGACCCUGAGGUCAGAGCCCUUCUGCGGCUCCCUGCCGAGGACGGGGCGUACUGGGACACAGCCUAUUUUGACAUCCUGCUCAGCCAGCUGCAGGUCUACCGGAUCCAGGACGACGCGCGCCGCUCGGCUAUGUCCCAGCUCCUCGCCAAGGUACAGAGAGAAAUCCCCACGAGGAGCUGAGCGGGACCCGCUGCCACCCCGUCCAGGCGCCCCCUGCUCACCCCCGCU